GUUUGUUUCCGGGCCGAGGCUGCGGAGUGCGGCCGUGCUGCGGAGCGGGCCUGCGCCCGCCCCGGCCCGUGGGCAUGGACGAGGACGGGCUGCCCAUCGUGGGCUCCGACAUUGACCUCACCAAGGUUCCUGCUAUUCAGCAGAAAAGAACUGUAGCAUUUCUAAACCAGUUUGUGGUUCACACAGUGCAGUUUCUCAACCGCUUUUCUACUGUUUGUGAAGAGAAAUUGUCAGCACUCUCUCUCCGUAUCCAACAAAUUGAAACCACACUCAAUAUUCUGGAUGCAAAGUUAUCCUCAAUUCCUGGCCUAGAAGAUGUCAAAUUUGAAGUGUCCAGUGCAAAUGUGAACAGUGUUACAAAUGGUCCCGUGGCACAAGCUGCUGCAGAUCAACAGACAGCUGUAUCACCUCAGUCUGGGCAGAACAACACACAAGAAGAAGGGUUACAGAAAACGGAGGUAGUCACAGAAAAUGUCACAACUGUGGCCAAGGAUCCAAGAUAUGCCAGAUAUCUCAAAAUGGUACAAGUGGGUGUUCCUGUAAUGGCAAUACGAAACAAAAUGAUUUCUGAGGGGCUAAAUCCAGAUCUUCUCGAGACCCCAGAUGCCCCUGUGCCUGCCUGGGGAGAUGAUGGCAAAGCAGAAGACAGUUCUGAUAGUGAAUCUUCAUUCAGUGACUGAAGAGAUUGAUUCCAGCCUUUGGAAACCUUUGUUAGGUGCUCAUGUGUUUGGAGCUUUAGCAGACAAUGGUUUGAUGUGGAUCAUAUGGGUGGCAUGGUUUAUCUAAUGACAUUUUUAAGAACUAAGCUCCUCUGUGCUCUCUUCUGGAAGGUUUGAACAGGCAAAGUGUUUCAACCUGAACCCUUUCCCCAUGAAAAUUAAUCAUGAGAUCCUUGCAGUUUUUAGGCUGCAUCAUGUCAGAUUCAUUUCUGAUUCUGCUGAAAUUACUUUGUAGAGCUCCAAGAAUUCCACACCUCUAAACCUCCAGGUCUCUAAAACUGCAUUCUGGUCAUUGUUAGAUUUUCUACGUAACACUUCUAACCUAAAUUGCCUUCUUUCUGCCCCUUCUUCCUUUACUUAAAGGUAAAUUCACUUUUGAAAAUGAAAAUGUUUCAUUGAUGAACUGAACUAUUUUCUCAAUAUUCUAUAUCUGCAGUGGUGCAACAAGAAUUACACAUAAGUCAACUCUCUUACGGUGAUUGCACAUCAGUGAUACUCAGAUUUGAGAAAAACUAAAAUACAAGUGAAAAAUACAUUAAAAUGCAUUUUGAAUCUAUUUUGAAAGCAUAUACCACUAUUCAGUACCACGUUAGAGUCUGUAUGAAGUUGGUAAAUAAACCCCUGCUCUUGAAGAGUUGAUCUAUUGAAUUCAGGGUGCAGUGUUGUAGAAAGCUACAGACACGGCAAGAGUGGUUUGAAAAUGACACUGGGAAAAAAGCAAGGGACUUGGAGAUUAUUAAUGGAAUCUCAUUACUUGUUCACUGUUACAUCGGUCAGUUGAGACCAUUUUCUGACUUCCGUUGGCCUUACUCAAAAGAAGCUGUGGCUGAGCAGUUUGCUUAGGAUGAGAAAUCACCUCCAAGUUGGUGUAUUUGCUGAUAAUUUCAGCAAAGAAGCUAAAAUUCAGUUUGUUUAAUGAUCAAACUACCUUGCCACCUCUUGAGGUAUGCAUUGAGGAACAAAAUAAAGAAAUGCACUAGGAGCCUGACAUGUCCUGAAGAUUCCCCUCAAAAUUACUUAAUGUGCUCCAUGACUAAAAAAUGAUACUUCAUUAAAGAAUCUUCUUUAAUACAAUUUGUUCCCCAUGAAAUCCUUCUCAAUCUGUUUGAAUUCCCCAGAUUGUUGUGAUUAUACCAGAGUGCUGUGUGCCAGGCAGUCAUUAACUUUCUGGUAUUCCACAUUCUUGCUGUGACCAAGAGAAGACAAAAACUGAAGCUCCAAGUGUGUAAGUUUGUUAGCUUUUAUGACUGAGUCUGUACCUUCUCUCCUCAUUGUUUAUGGCACUUCAGUAGGUUACCUGCUUUUUUUUUCUGCUGUAACUUAAGCAUGGCUCCCAUUUAAGCCUGCAGAUGUAUUUAUGCUCUCCAUAACCUGUAAAUCAGAGUAAUGCCUGAAUCCCUACAAAAGCAUAUAUGCACUAGAGAAUGUCUAGAGAUGGUAUUUUGAUGAUGGGUUAAUUACUAUUGAACACAUAAACAAGAAUACUUAAUAGUUAACACUUGGUAAAACACAACAAAUAUUAACAUAUUAGCAAUAAGUAUUUCAAAUGUAAAUGUGAUAAUGUUAUUUCAGAAUGUAUAUAUUGAAACACUCAUGACUUUUUAAAAUUUAUAUUUGGAAACUCAUUUAAGCAGUCUGUAUAAUAAAAGUUAUACUUUGUAAACCAAA